AUGAAGUUCACUCUCGCCUCUACUCUUCUUCCCCUCCUGGCCGCCGCUGCCCCCGCCCAGCAGCGCGAUACCACCAAUGCCACCACUCCCUCUACCUUCGGCAUCAUGUCCGCCCGCUCCGGCUCUCCCAUCCACCUUCUCCCCUUGAACGCCAACAGCGGCGGUUUCUACCUGGGUGGAAACACCUCUUCUUACUGCCCGAUCUCUUCCGGCUGCCCUGCUGGUACUGAGACCGUUUUUGCUGGUGAUGGCUCUGCUUUGGACGUCGAAGUCCCCGGCGGCCAGCAAGUCUACGUCGCCCCCAGCGGCGCCCUGACCUUCACCGUCCCCCACUCGGCCUACAUCCCCGCUGGCUCGUCCACCGGCCCCUUCAAGUACACCCCCGGCAAGCCCUUCGGCAGCUGGACUUUCACCGGUGCCGGUGCUACGGGCUUCAUGGCUUGCCCUGAUCAGGGUAACAAGUGGCAGGUGUUUGCUGCUACUAAGAAUGCUACCGUGCCCAGUGGCAAUGUCGCUGAUUGCUUGGGCUUUGAUGCCCUCGCUGUGGCUACCAAUGGUUCUGUCGCUGCUUGGGAGUAUAUCUAA